ACCUAGCGCGCCCAAUUAGUGCAACCAUCAGUGGUAAGGCUAUUCUGUAAUUGGCUUUCAUCCGCCCCCUUCACAAGGUUCUCAUGCCCAGGAUAACGGCAAGGGAAGGAGCAACAAGACCGUUGGCCGUUCAAUCGCUUUCUCUCGUUCGCUCCCGUCUUCCUCUUCCCACCUCAACUCGUUCCGUCCAGUCCAGACACAACCGUUCGUUGUCGUUGUCUUCGCUCGAGGGACGUUCACUCGGUCGCUUCCUUCUUGUUGUCCUUUUGUUUCUACAUUCGCUCCUACCUACUCUCGCUCCUGUCACUUAUUACAACACUGAACAGGUCCAAGCAAGCACUGCCGUCCCCUGUUGCUACCAUAACCGAAAAACCCUGGUCGCCCCAUCACUCACUCGCUCGCUCACUCACUCUGCUCCACGCCAUCGUCGCUCAAUUCCAAACAACGGCGCCCUGUUUCUUUUGCUCUGACUGGAUGAGAAGUAUUUCUUACUUGUAAUUCGACUCGACUCCAUGAUCCUCUCUCCACAUUGAGCCUUGAUCGAGUCGACUCUCGACAAACGACACGCGGGCACUGCCUGUCCCGUGCUUCACCUUACUCGUCUCCUCAGAAACUUUCCACUUCUACAGGGAUAUUCCCAACUCAAACCUAAACCUCGAGAGAGGUUGUUGUAACAACCACAACAUAUCCUUUCGUAAGUCGCAGAUCUUGUUUGUCUUGUUUCGUCUCGACUCUUCAAUGUCUUGUCGGCUUUUCAUCUACAUGAAUAUUUGAUGUUGCUGUAUCUUGGCGUUCAACAUAUCGUGUUCCCCUUUCUUGUUGAUCGACACGUACCUUCCUCCUCGAUACCGCCUCCUUCAGCUUUCCUCCGACCGAAGGGUCAAGUUCUCUGAGCUCGGCGCUCAGCCCGCACAUGCUUUUAACGGCUGGCUUUCGAGGUUUGUCUUCUUCUAACAUUGCUCUGCCAGGACGAUGUCUCUUCCCGAAAGGCCGGGUGCAAGCCCGAGCUAUAAUCAGCGCAAUGUUUAUCGCAACUCGCCAUCAAGGCGAUCGAGACCCGUCGAUAUCGAGACUGGUGGCUACCAUGCUGUAGAUAAUACGGCUCAACAUCAACGUGGGAGAUCCGGUUCUUCGUUCGCAGAGUCAAUCGGUGUUAAUUCAAAUACAGAGAGUAUGCCUCUGUCGCCAACAUCUCCCGAUGGCCAUUCAAGUCGCGCUGGCCCAGAACAACCCAUAUCCCGAAAACGAAGCUUGAUUCGUCCGGAGAGAAACAGAAUCGACAGAGACCAUCGCAACUACCAUUACCACAAACAUGCUGCUCACAUGAACGUUCUGCCAUCCUCAACAGGGAACGACCCUAUUUACGAGGACUUCGAAGCUUCGACAGACCGCUCCAAUUCGAACUUGAACGAUGGUGGUUCGGACAGUUCCCCUCGACAAAGGCGAAAUGUUAGCGGAGAGCAGGAGAAGGGCGCUGCUGUGGCAUCUACCAUGCCCACCCCAGAUCGCAAAAAAUCAGGUAAGAUUAAGAAGAGAUCGAAGCGCCAUUCAAAACCGCCGAAGCGUAUAGAAGAGCAGCUUCGGCCGCCUACCUUCUGGAAUGUCUACUGCGCAAUCGUUACUUUCUGGGCUCCUGGAUUCAUUAUGAAGUGCUGUGGUAUGCCAACGAGGGCGCAGCAGAGGGCCUGGCGCGAGAAGAUGGGUCUUAUCAGUAUCAUCCUCGUUAUCAUGGCCAUCGUUGGUUUCCUGACUUUUGGUUUCACCGCAACGGUUUGCGGAGCUCCUGCCGAGCGACUACGCGUCAAUAAGGUUGACGGCGGGAACAUGAUCUUCCACGGUGUCGCUUACGAUUUGUCGAAAUCUCAUCACCCCCCUGCCCAGGGCAUGCCUCUCCGUUCGGACGGACGAGGUCCCAACGUUCUUUAUGAUCUUCCCGAGAAGCACGGCGGACAGGAUGGUAGCUUUUUGUUUCAAAAUGUCAACGGCCGAUGCAAGGGUUUGAUUACUCUUGCUAAAGACUCAGAUGUGCCAACCAACAAGGAUGGCGACCUGGCCUGGUACUUUCCUUGCACAACCUUUAACCAGGACGGCUCAAGCAAAGUCAAUUUGACCACACCAUACUAUUCUGGUUACGGCUGUCAUACGACGCUCAACUCUCGAAAUGCCUUUUACCUUGACUUGAGUGGUUCCGCGGAUGUUUACUUUACCUGGGACGACAUCAAGAACAGCUCGCGUAACCUUAUAGUCUACUCUGGAAAUGUUCUGGACCUUGAUCUCCUCCGUUGGUUCAACAUGAGCCAGGUCAAUAUUCCAAAGAGGUUUGAAGAGUUGCGAGACAAGGACUCGGAAGUCAACAAGGCCAUUCGUGGCCGCGACGUUACUCGCAUGUUCCAGUCUUCUUCAGACAAGAAAUACGCAGAAUGUUUCGAGGAGAUCAUCAAGGUUGGCUCUGUGGAUACUGAGACGAUUGGUUGCAUUGCCUCCAAGAUCGUUCUUUACUGUGCGCUCGUUCUCAUUCUUUCAGUUGUCGGUGUUCGCUUUCUGCUGGCUAUCAUUUUCCAAUGGUUCCUUUGCCGCAAGUAUGCGCCAACUAAGACCUCCCAGAGUUCUGACCGUAGGAAACGAAACAAGCAAAUCGAAGAUUGGUCAGAGGACAUCUACCGUGCUCCUGUAAGACUUCCUGGAGAUGUUGGAAGCACUGUCUAUGGAUCAUCAGACCGAACAAGCAAACGAGGAUCUUUCCUCCCUACUACUUCUCGAUUUUCGUCUGUCGGUGGCCCUGAUGUUCGGGCAUCAACUGGACGUCGCAUGCCGACAACCAUGGCUAGCCAAGGUGCCUCAAAUCAACUUCUGACACCCGGGGCAAUCUUCAAGCAGGGCAACGACAGCCGUGCGAGCUUCCUUCGAUCUGACCCCUACUCGAGCACGCCUACUGAUGGACCCGGCCCCGCUGGCUUCAUUCAUGACGCUGUUGUUCCUCAGCCUCCUUCUAACUGGAUGCCCUUUGGCUUUCCACUCGCUCAUACGAUGUGCUUGGUUACUGCAUACUCUGAAGGAGAAGAGGGUAUUCGAACCACUCUGGACUCGAUCGCAACUACCGAUUAUCCCAAUAGCCACAAGGUUAUUGUUGUUAUCUGUGACGGUAUCAUCAAGGGCAAGGGUGAAACAAUGUCGACACCUGACGUCUGCUUGGGCAUGCUGAAGGAUCACUCCAUCCCCCCUGACAUGGUUGAGCCUUUCUCCUACGUGGCUGUCGCCAGUGGUUCCAAGCGGCAUAACAUGGCCAAGAUCUAUUGCGGAUUCUACGAUUAUGGAAGGAACUCUCGCAUCCCCGCUGACCGUCAGCAGCGAGUGCCCAUGAUGGUUGUGGUCAAGUGCGGAACUCCUGAUGAAGCCACCAAGUCCAAGCCCGGUAACCGUGGAAAGCGAGAUAGUCAAAUUAUCCUCAUGUCGUUCCUCCAAAAGGUCAUGUUCGAUGAACGAAUGACAGAACUCGAGUACGAAAUGUUCAACGGCCUCUGGAAGGUGACGGGAAUCUCGCCCGACUACUACGAAAUUAUUCUCAUGGUUGACGCCGAUACCAAGGUUUUCCCUGACAGUCUGACACACAUGAUAUCUGCCAUGGUGAAAGAUCCUGAGAUCAUGGGUCUUUGUGGUGAAACAAAGAUUGCCAACAAAAGGGACAGCUGGGUCACAGCUAUUCAAGUAUUUGAGUACUUUGUCUCUCAUCAUCUUGCCAAGUCGUUCGAGUCUGUGUUUGGUGGUGUUACUUGUUUACCUGGCUGUUUCUGCAUGUACCGCAUUAAGGCGCCCAAGGGUGGUCACAACUACUGGGUUCCCAUCCUGGCUAACCCCGAUAUUGUUGAACAUUACUCUGAGAAUGUGGUCGAAACUUUGCACGAGAAGAACCUAUAUCUCCUUGGUGAAGAUCGUUUCCUGACAACCCUCAUGCUUCGAACAUUCCCCAAGCGAAAGCAGGUCUUCAUUCCCCAAGCAGUAUGCAAAACGACUGUACCGGACGAGUUCAUGGUGCUCCUUUCCCAGAGACGUCGUUGGAUCAACUCGACCAUCCACAACCUGAUGGAGCUGGUUCUAGUCCGUGAUCUCUGUGGUACCUUCUGUUUCUCGAUGCAGUUUAUCAUCUUCGUGGAACUAGUCGGCACUCUGGUUCUCCCUGCUGCUAUCGCGUUUACUUUCUACGUCGUCAUCACAUCCAUUAUCCACUCGCCACCACAGAUCAUUCCCCUAGUUCUCUUGGGCUUGAUUCUUGGUUUACCUGGCCUUCUCGUUGUCAUCACCGCACACUCCUGGUCCUAUAUUGUUUGGAUGCUCAUCUACCUGCUGGCACUGCCAAUCUGGAACUUUGUCCUGCCUACUUAUGCUUUCUGGAAAUUUGAUGACUUCUCAUGGGGCGAGACUCGAAAGACAGCUGGUGAAAAGACGAAAAAGGCAGGCCUCGAGUAUGAGGGUGAGUUUGACAGCAGCAAGAUUACCAUGAAGAGAUGGGCCGAAUUCGAACGCGACAAGCGCUCGAGAAGCGGCUAUUGGGGUUCACGUGAGAACGUCGUUGGUGGUGGUGGUGGAAGCUGGACCAGCCCUCCUGGUCACCAGUAUAAUGAUGAGUACUUUUCUGAUGCUUGAUUUCGGGGACAUCGGAUUAUGGGGGAAACCAUGUUGAGAGCGAACGGUGUUUUUGAUGAUGGAAUGCAUGCACAUAUAUGUAAUAAGGGGUAACAUUCUUGAGGCCAAGUAUUCAUGUUCUGAUGCCCGGGGUGGGCGUUGGCGGACAAAGGUCCUAUUUUUGUAUAGAGUCAGUUGGAUUGGAGAUGGCGUUAUUCCAGCGACUAUUUGUGAAUAGUAUAAUUUGAAGGUUUUUAUAAAGGAAAAGUUAGGUAUGCCAAGUUCGCAAUGAAGUGAUGGUUGUCAUGCCAGGAAGAUUAUGACAAAAGUGUAGAGACUCG